UUGGCGUUCUCUCUGUCGACGUGAAGUGCGCUGUUUGAUCGACGUGCGUGUGCGCGAGUGAGUGAGGAGUGAGCGGAGAGUGGUGGCCUCGCUCUGGUCACUGCGCCACGCAAAACCCGAGUUGGAGUCCCACUCCCCGGCCACUGCCGACAUCGGUGGCGAGUGGCAAUUAAAACUCUUCCCGAGACUUCCCCUAGGUCGACUCAGCCUCAUCAGCUGCGUGGAGACACAAAUGCUCCUCCCUGCCCUGUGCGAUCCGCACAUCAAAGGCGGACCCACCUCCCUGUGCCACGCACCUUUUACCGUGGAUAUUACAACGUUUCGACCGUGGGAAACAUAUAUUUAGCUCAUCUAACGUCGGAAAAAUUUGUCACGCACGUGGAGGGCUUUCCCAACAUUCACCCUGUCAGCGUGCAGCAUCAUCGUCGAAGGCUUCUUGAGGCGGACAAGCUUGUUCGUGACGAUCUGCGGGUGGAAUUUAAGGCGUGUGCAGGUGACAGCGGCCGCGGAUCGACGCGAGGUAAUUGGGACACGCGAGAACAUGGAUGACGUCACCAAUCACCGCGUCGAGCACCUCGCCAUGUUCUCCGUGGACAAGCGAGCGGUGCAGCGGGCGGUGCCCGUGGGAGUGCGCAAGCUGCACGUGCUGCAGCACAAGGGCAAGGUGUGGAGCCAGGAGAUGAUGCUGCAGGUCAAUGGCCACUCCGUCUGCCUCAUCAGCAAAGACACGCAGGACGUGCUGGAGAACUUCCCGCUGGCAUCGGUGCAGCGCGUGGAGGCCGUGCCGUUUGAGCUGGAGAUCGGGUCGUCGCGGGAGGAUGGCCUCCUUGCCAUCCUGUGCCAGGACGACACGCAGAGCCGGCCCGACAUUCACCUCUUCAGCUGUCGCGAACUACCGGUGAACCUGGUCUGCCAGGACAUAACGAGCGCGCUUGUGGACGCUCAGGCGGGGAAGGGCCGCGCGAAGGAGCGUCCUGCCGUCGUGGAAAAAAUCCGAAAGUUGGAACAACAGCGGGAGGACCAGAGUGCCGCCAAGCAGCGAGCCGCCGAUGUGCCCCCCGGCACCUACACGUACACACCUUUCCCGGCCGCCGCUGCAGCGCCCAUCCCGCGGCCGGAGUCGGUGACCCAGCAGCAGCAGCCGCCGCCCGAGGCCGCGGCGCUCCCCAAGGGCGUGCGGAGCAAGGAGGGCGCUGAGCGGGCGAAGCCGGCGGCCGCUGUGGACCGCGCGACCCCCAGGCUCGCCGGGGAGGAGCAAGGAGGCCACGGUGCUAAAGAAGCCGGAGUCCAGAGGAGGGCUGAUGACAAGGAGGAGCUCGCGGAGCACCCAGAUAUGCAAGCCUUCAAGGUGGUGCAGAACACGCAAACCCUGACGCGGGCCCUGGAGGACGUGGACUUCUUCGUUGCUAAGUUGGACCGCGUGGCGUCCGCGUGCCGUGAGCUGCACAAGCGCAAGGGCAAAGGGCACAGCGCCAGGGUCGGCUCCGGAGUCGGGGUGCUGACCCUGCGUGCAAAGCCGCCCACCGAGGAGGAGUUCAUCGAGUGCCUUCAGAAGAUUAAGUUUUCAUUCAACCUGCUGGCUCGGCUGAAGGAUCACCUCCAUGACCCCACUGCCGAUGAACACGUGCAAUCCCUCUUCCAGACGCUCACCAGGGUCGUGCAGGAGAGCGGGGGCCCCGAGCUGGCCGAGACGGUGGUGAGCCCCCUGCUCACUCGCGACGCGCUGCUCCUCCUCGCUCCGUGCACCGGCGGGGACGGCAUCCACCUGUGGAGCAGCCUGGGGGAGGCGUGGAACACACCAAGGUCCGCGUGGAAUAAGCCGGCGCCCGUGCCCCACUACGUGCCCGUGUUCCGAAGCGGCUGGCACCCCCCCGCGCAGAAGAAGGUUUCGUUUGUGGACGCCGAGCCAUCUCAGCCCAGCCCCAGCGCGUGGCCACCGGGACAAACGAGGGGGAUGGCGCGCUGCCUCUACGACUACGUGGCGAGGAGCAGCAGCGAGAUCUCCGUGCUUGCUGGCGACGUCCUCCAGGUGCUGGACUCGACUCGGUCGUGGUGGAAGGUUGCCAGCAAGGGGGCCCAGCAGACGGGAUACGUCCCCCACAAUAUCCUGGAGCCUCUCAACUACAUCUUGUACCCCAUGCCCACACCGGAAAUGGACCGGGGCAAGGGGGCCCCCUUGCCACCCCCCUUGUCUCCGUCGCCCAUCGUGGGGAGCCCCAAGGGGGCCCCAGUGGACUACUACCCCAACACCUUGAAGCAGCAAGAGGGCAACAAACAUAAGCCGCCUAUACCUGCGGCGUGGAAAGACCGCACGGUGCAACUGGACCAGAUGCAGCAGGAGUUGGCGCUGAAGCUGAAACUCAGGAAGGCGGUGAAGAAAACGGCUGGCAACUCGGACGAUGAGGGCGUCAUCGACGGGGAGAGUGAUGACCCCGGAGACCUGGAGAACUGAGCGGAAGGGAGCGCUCGAGGCGGUUUUCGAACGGCGGUGGCCGUGAGCGGCGCAGAAGGCCAACGGGGAUGGGGGUGACGGAUCGAGGCCGGUGGGUUGGGGCAGAGGGGGGGGGGUGCUGCCCGUGUCUCUGCCAUCUCGCGCUAAUGUUGGGGGUUCGAUCGCCAGUGGCAAGGCUGUCACGUGGGUAUUUUCGAUUGCACCCUCGAAUUUCCCCCAUUCCCCCUCUCCCCCAAUCAUCGGCUGGAAUCUGAACUUGACACUUGUCAAUUUGUGGACCAAUACGUAAAUGGUGUCAUCACGCACGCGGCACGUGCAAACGCAAACAUGUACACUCGUAAUAAAAAAUAUACUAAUACUUUCAUUUUAUAUAGUGUCAUUUAUGCUAAUAGCAUACCACAACGCUGCACAUUAAUCACAUAUAACGACCAAAUCCCACAUAUACAGCCACUACCAAGCAAAUGGACACCCCCUACUGCCAAGUAAAAUCAGAAAUGAAUAAACAAAUUAAGAAAUGGCACCAAACAACAACAAAAAUUAGUCCAUUCAUUGAAUACAACUCAGACGUACAGCUCGCAACUACAGUAUUUGAUGCCACCAAGACACCAAACAUGCUCGCCGCUCCUCAUACAUAUGAAAAAAAUAUAUAUUAUUCACGCUCAUGCACAUUUUCCCAUUGAUGGGAAAGCUUCCGCUGUUGAGGAACGUGCCGAUAGUGAUUUAUAAUUCGUGAACGGUUCUUAACCGAUGACCAAAUACCCCGUAAUAUGCCCGAUCUCGUCAGAUCUUGAAACCUAAAGCAGAGUUGAACCCGGCCAGGGAUGGGAUGGGUGACUGGCAUGUGUGUACGUAUGAGCGUCUUUCGCACCGUACGUAGCCAACCGCGCUAAUCGGAGGUGCGCGGG